AUGUCUGAAUAAAAGCAGCCAAAUAUUAUCAAUUACUUCUAGUAAUAUAAAUAAAGCAUUCAGAAUGCUUUCAAAAUAUUAGAAGAUGUAGAUUUUGAAUUGCCAGAAGAGGAAUUAAAGUAAAAAGUUCCUAAAUAGGUAAUAUCUGUUAACCAAUUAAUUAGAUUGAAGAUUAAAAACAAUCUAUAGAACCUAAAUUCAUUUCACAAGCAGAUACAAAAAGAGCGCUUGAGAAUAUUGAUAAAUUAAUUUGUUAAUUAUAAUUAGUAACACCAUUAUAUAGUGAUCCAAAAUAGUACAAUUAUCAUUAAUUAGUUUAAAUUUCGAGUCAAAUGAUAGGACUAAAAGAUAGACAUAGAUGAAGCAUUAAUAAAUGUGGGAUCAAAUCAAAUUGCAAUAGAAAGAGCGAUUCGCAAAGUUUUAAGAUUAAGAAAUUUUAGAAAGAAUACUAGAAUUAGACUCUUAAUUGAAAGAGGAUUAUGAAUAUAAUUUCUAAUUUUCAAGUGGUACUCAAAAAAAGACAAUUUAAAUCAAAUAUCAUGAUGUUUUAAAAUUAAAUCCACCCAAUUAUUUGAAUGAUGGAAUUAUAAACUUUUAUUUAAAAUUUAUUGAGUUUGAAUUACUUGAUGAAUCCUUAAGAUCUAAAACAUACAUAUUUAAUACUUAUUUUGUAGAAAAAUUAUGUCUAUUUGAUAAAUUAUAGACUAUAUAAUAGAAUGAUAAUCAUAGAAUAAAUGAGCUCUUUAAAUAAUCAUAUGAACAUAUAAAAAGAUGGGUUAAAGAAGAUUUGACUGAAAAAGAAUAUUUAUUAUUUCCUAUAAAUUUACCUGAACAUUGGUCUCUUUUGAUAGCUCAUAAAUAAAGUAAAUCUUUUUAAGAUUCUGUUAUAAUAUAUUUAGAUAGUUUUGGAAUAAUAGAUUAAAAGUUAGUUACAAUAAUAAAGAUGUAUUAAUUUAAAUAUUUAUAUUUAGGUAUUUACAUAAAAUGUAAUGUGAUAAAAUUUAAUCAGAUAUAAAUUAUAAUGAUUCUCCUAUCAAAUAAAUACCAGCCUAUUAACUUUUAGUACCUAGAUAAGUUAAUUAUGUUGAUUGUGGAGCUUUCCUUUUAGAAUAUGCAGAAUCAUUCUUAUCUGAUCCAAAUUAUCUUUUAUCAGAUUUUGAAUCACCUGAAGGCAUUUACAAAUUGAAACUCUUCCCUAGAACACUUGUUAAUAAAAAGAGACUUUUAAUGAAAUAAUUAUUAAUUGAACUAGUAGAAUUAGGCAAAGAAUAGGCUCUCAUCAAUUACAAAUAAAGAAGAUAAGAAAUAAUUUAAAGUUGCUGUAAACAAUGAAUGCAUUCUAAUAUUAGACAUAAACGAAGAUGAAUACGAUAAAAUAGACCAAGAUUUAUUCAAAGAGUUCCUGAAUCAAAAGAAUUCCAUUAGUGUGAACACAGAUUAGUAAAGAUCUAUGUUACUGGACUUUUACAUGAAUCCAUAAUAAAAUUAUUAUGAAUAAUGA